AAGUUGCCGUGGUGGUGUGGGGGUGUGUUUAGCGGUGUGGAGGCGGAGGUAGUGAAGGGGCGGGGCUGUGAAGGUAAGUCCCUGUCCCGCCCAUCCCAUCACCCUUCUCUAUAAAAACAUGUGACAUACUGUGAUGGCAUUACACUACAGCGGUGCAUCUCUGAGUUGAGCGACACGUGAGCUCGCGCAGCCUUUUCCUAAACAUAAUGCAAAGUCUGGUGUGCUCAAUGGUGGUGGUGGUGGCCAUGGCGAGCGUUGCAGUGCUUGCCGGCCCCCAGUACCACCCCAAGCCCACUUACGGCGCCCCUGUCUGUCACCCCUCCACUGUCAUCGUUACCAAGACUAAGACCCAAGAAGUGACGGAGACCCUCACGGAAGAAGUUGUCACUACCGAAACCAACACUGAGACAGAAACCGAGAUUGCCACUGAAACUCUGGUGGAGACUGAGGUCGUCCCGGUGACAGAGACCAUUCAAGUCACUGAGACCGAGACCGAGAUCGUUCCCACUACCCUCACCGACACCGAGACCGUCUUUUCCACCGUGGUCGAGACCGAGACGGAGAAUGUUUACGUGACUGAGACCGAGACCGAGGUGAAGAAGCAGUACCACACCGUGUGCCCGAAACCCUCCUACGGGUAAGCUACUGCAGGAGAAUGAGUGGUGGCGCGUCGAGAGCUGGGGAGGGAGAUUGAUUGGUAGAAAUGGAUUCAGAAGAGAGAAGACACAUGGAAUGAUGCUGCAAUUUACACUCGAGUGAAUGAAAUAUAUAGCAAUUAUGACAUUCCCCGUAACACUACGCAAUGCAACAACGCGAGGACUUCUGCCGUCAGAGUCGUCUUUCUUGUCACAUAUAUUCGUAAGCACUUUUCAGCGUGUGAGCUGUAUAUCAUUUGCACUAAUAUGCUUUGUUUUACUGUCAAAAUAAUAUGUCUUUAUUUUC